GUAUAAACGAUAUACUUUAUUUUACAACUAGUAAUUUCACAAUGAUGGAUGAUUUUUUAAAUGCAUGGCUUGUAAUAGCAUCAUAUGAGAUGGAAAGAGUAACAGAAAAUGAAAUACAAUUAAUUUCAUUAUUUGAGAUAUCAAAAUUACAGCUAAUUAGUCCCAUAAACAAACAAUACAAUUGUUGCGCAGUAAAUAAUAAUGCAUUGGCUUGGCAACAAUUUGCAAAACAUUCAAUUGUUUCAUAUGUUUAUUCGACAAAUAUCACUGAAAGAAGUAUUAAAUAUUAUAUAAAUGAAAAACGGGAGAAUUGUAAAAAUCAUAUGACAUCAGAAAUGUCGAAUAAUAUUGCACAAUGUAGUGCAUUGAUGCCACGUAUGAAAGAUGGUUUAAAAUUAAUACAUUUAUGUUAUAUAAUUGUCAUUAUCAUUAAUAUAUUAUUAUGCAUCCUUUUCGCAUUUUCCAAUCUUUGUAAAUGGUUCCUGGAAUGUGUCAACGAAGAGAAAUAUAUUAAAGAGAUGAAACUUGGGAAAGUAUUUCAUGCACAAUUACAACUUAAUAACAGGGGGAAAAAAAUAAUUGAAAUUGAUAGGAAAGAAGAAAUGAUACGAUAA